AUGGCUGGUGUAGCUGAAAAGGCGAGGUUUUACCUCGAACGCUCGGUUCCACAACUGAGAGAAUGGGAGGAGAAGCAAAUAUUCUCCAAGGACGAAAUACGGACCAUUGUACAAAAACGCAAUGAGCACGAGCACAGAGUCCUCUCACCAGGAAACACGCCGUCCGACUGGUCAACAUUGGCCACCUGGGAGCAAUCGCUGGAAACACUGCGAAAUAAACGAUGCAAACGCCUCAAAAUCCACCAGCUGACUUCUGCGCAUGCGGGACAAAAUCGUGUCAUGUCCAUCUAUGAACGAGCUGUCAAUAGACAUCCCGGCAGCGGCGAGCUAUGGCGCGAAUACCUGUCCUACACGGCCAGCGUCAAGGCCUCCAAGCGCUGGCGCAAGACAAUGACGAGGGCCUUGCGCAUGAUGCCCACCGAUGUGGACAUGUGGGUGAUGGCCGGCCGACGAUCCGCUCGAAAUGGCGACAUGGCUUCUGCAAGAGGCUUCUUCAUGAGAGGCUGCCGAUUCUGCACCAAGGAUUGCAGACUCUGGGUGGAGUAUGCGAAAUGCGAAAUGGAAUGGCUGGUCAAAGUGGACAAGCGCAAGGAAACCAAGGGAGCUGACGCCCUACGACCUGACCGGGUAGACGAUGACGAUGAACUCCGCAUCGUGGACAGUGAAGACGACGACGACGACGACGACGACGGCAGCGUGCUCCCGGAACCCUCCAAGACGCAGGCUCGAAUUAUUGAUAAGCGGGCAAGCGAACAACUCAAGUCCAAUCCCGCCAUGGACGGCGCCAUACCAAUGGCCAUUUUUGACAUAGCAGCCAAUCAAGGAUUUUACUCGGCCCAAGUCGCAGAGAUAUUCUUUUUCAUGUUUGCUUCCUUCAGGAAGCUAUCGGUACAGCCCAAGGUCACCCAGCAUGUACUGGACGCUCUCGAGAAGCAGUUUCCGAAUCACCCGUCUGCCUGCAGUUGCUACAUCAGACACCCGAUUGCUGGUGUGGCACCCAAUACUGCGGACUUCCCGAGAGGGUUGCGUGACGUGUUGACACGCUUGGAUGAGAAAAUGGAGACAACGGCAGACAAGGCAGAGCUCAGCCGUAAAACAGCGGAGUGGAUAGACGGAUAUUUGGCCUGGGGUGAUCUUGACGCUGGCAUCCGUCAGGUAUUGGAGCAUAUGAGGGGCAAAUUGGAUAUUUCAUGA